CUCAAUUAAGCAAUUAGAAAUUAUAAUACGCAUUUCAUUCAAGAUUCAAGUAAUUUUGUUGUACUUGAGUACAUAUACUAAUCAAUUAUGCAACAAGUGUAUCAUGCUGCUUUGCAUGCGAUAAUACAGUUUCUUCCUUAUUAAUACUUCCCGUGCGGUUACCUAUAUCAUUAAAUCCUUCGUGGGAACUUUUAGUUCGUGGCGAUAAUUUGUCAAAUGCACUUUAAGCGUUGUUUCCACAAUUAUUAUUUGUAUUUACUAUCAUCACGAGCAGAGAAAUAAUCAUGAACGUGAUAAUGUUACUAACUAGUUUGGUGUUGCUCUCGUUUUGUACCAAAGUAACAGUUUCUCAGAAAAAUAAAAAUUUUCAUCAGACAAAUGUAAGAACUAAAAGUCCGAAGGAAAUGAAUUCGGAUUCUAUCCCAUUGACUCACCUAGAACCAAUUGCAGAGCUUAUGAAAAUUAAUGAUGUGUCAGACUUUAAUAAUUUUCCCCAUCGCAUGAAACGAGGAAUUAUUUGGAAUAAGAUCAAGAAAGUCAAGAGUGGUAUCUGGUCUGCCAAGAAAAAGAUCUGGAGGAUUAAACAGAAAGCAGUUGAAAUAGCGAUCGGAAAAGACUACGAAACUCCGAAGCCGCAUUAUGAAUCAACGGGAGGUUCUUGGGGUCGGUUUCAGAAGCAAGUGCCGAAAAGAAACCUGCCCUCGUUGAGUGGAGUUCACGGACCGCCCUACCACGCGUCCAGCAAAGGAAUCAUAUUCCCAGAAAAUGGGUGGUCGAACAACGAUAUUAAAUCACAAGGCAGCAGCACAAAACUCACGUACGCCGAUCUUUUAGCCAUUUACAGACUCCCCAUGAACCUUGAGGCACUCCGCAAAUUACAGAAAAUGGAUGCAAAGUCAAGACGACUCUAAAGUCCAUGUUAUGUGUUCCAUUGCCACAUUAGCUACGUAGUACAAUGCAAUUAAAUAUAUAGUGGAUUAAUAAAUCUAAAUUUAUUUCUGAGGAAAAAAUUAACAAACACA